UACAAAUCCAAGUUGAAGUGUGAAAAACUUCAGAUUGGGCCACUUCCAACGAAAGCAAGUCUACGACGAACAAACGAGCACCCCAACAACCACGAACCAAGUUCAUUCUUUCGUUCCGCUGAUCAGAAAUCAAGUGCUCGCGUAAACACACACACAAACACAAAUCAUUCCAUAAUCCAGUUUCUGUAAUUGAAAAUCUGCCUUAAAAAUGGAAACAUCAUCUUCAAUUAUAACUCCGGAAGAUGUAUUGGAGUCGCUGAUGAACGACGGCACAAUUGACACCAUGAGAUUGAAAAUCAUUAAUCAGCUGAAAGCCAAUGAAGAGCUGAAGAGUACCACUAUAAAAAUGGUAGAGCAAAGCAAGGUUCUCAACACACCAGGGGCAGAGAAACAAACUAAAAGGGAACUCUUUGAUGCUCUUAGACAAGAACUUGAAACCCCUGUGCUUGAGAAGGCUUCUAAAUCAGUUUGGGAGUUGAUUUUAGACAAUAAUGGACUUGGGAGAGAGAUAAAUGAAACAGUUGAAAAAGUGUUUUGUCGGCUUAGUGGUCGAGAACCUCCAUUGUUUCCUUCAAAUGGUGAAUUGCAAUUGGAAAAAGGAAAAGCUAAAAAGGGUGAACAAGGCAAAGGAAAAGAAAAAGAAGCUCAAAGUGAAAAGGAAAAUCUGGAAUCUACAUCAAAGAAAAGAAAUCAUCAAAUACAAACCCCAAGGCAACAAAUGUUGAAGGCCUUGCAGUGGCUGCAGGUGGUGGUGGUGUUUUCAGACAAUGGGAUGUUCUUUUCAAGUGUCUGGAAGUCCGAUUACUACAGGCCAGUUUUCUGA